UAUGGGAAUACGGGUGGGGAAAAGUAACGUCUUAUUUGUGUCAGUGCUGAACUUCGAGGAAGUGUUGGAUAAUUUCAACUAGGCACUGCUUCACCUGACGAGCAACGAUGGACAAGUUGCGUCGUGUAUUAAGUGGUCGAGAUGAAAAUGAAGAAGUGGGACUUACAUCACAGAUCCUGGACAGCACAACACUCAGUUUCGGCACACGGGUGAAGUGGUUUGUCAUUUGUUUCGCAGGAGGGGUCCUGUGCUCAAUACUUGGAACUGCACUCCUCUUCUUGCCUAAAGCUGGUGUUAAAUUGUUUGCUGUGUUCUACACCCUUGGAAAUAUUGCAGCACUUUCAAGCACCUGUUUCCUGAUGGGCCCUUUCAAACAGCUGAAGCGAAUGUUUGAGCCCACCAGGCUUAUAGCCACCAUUAUGAUGCUGCUGUUCCUUGUGCUGACACUAUGUGCAGUGUUUUGGUGGAACAAAAGGGGCCUGGCGAUCAUCUUCUGUAUUUUGCAAUUUUUGUCCAUGACAUGGUAUAGCAUCUCCUACAUUCCAUUCGCACGGGAUGCUGUUAUGAAGUGUUUCACCACCUGUCUGAGCUGAAGGAUCCAAUAUUUCAUCUAAAGACCAGUCCUGCAUAGUAAAUGUCAAAAAAAGGAUUGUUUUUCUCUUUCAUCUCCAAACCAUCUUAAAAUAACAUGUCCUCUUUUGUCUUAAUAUAAUAAUUUUAAAAGAGAAUUGUGUAAUAUUAAGAGUGAAUGUGUAAUAUUUGCAUUUAUUACAAGCCUUACUGUUUUAUAUAUAUUUAUAUAUAUAAUAUAUAAUAUAUAAUAUAUAUAUAUAUAUAUAUAUAUAUAUAUAUAUAAUAUUUCUAAGGUUUUUUUGUUCUUUUAAUUUUGUGUGUGGCAUAUAAAUGCGUAAUAGAUAAUAUACUGCCGGUUAAAUCUGAGUGAAAAUAAGUGCCUUGUUAUAAUGUGAUGUUUAUAAAUGAACUCAAUUACUGUUCACUUUUGUACAGAAAAAAAAAAUGCAUUUCUACCAAAUAUAUUAACAUAAAAUGGGAGAAAAGCCUUUUCGUAUGAUACCAUGCACCAAAUAAAUAAAUGCAGUACUCCAGCUUUGUUCA